AUGGCAGCAGAUAUAAAGGAGCUUCCACCCAACUCAAGCCCGGCUCUGUUUUCCAAGCGUGAUACCAGCGCGUGUCCGGGCUACAAGGUUGUUAAUAAGCAAGACACUGCGACUGGGUUCACUGCAUCGCUCAAACUCGCUGGUACACCCUGCAAUGCCUAUGGCAACGAUAUUGAUGACCUGAAGCUCGAUGUGCGCUUUGAUUCAAAGAACCGCCUCCAAUUCCAGAUCCCCAGCUCGGUUCAUGCCCUGAACAAGGGCUCCGGCGUCAGCAGCAGUGGCAGCAGCUUAAAGUUCAGCUACUUCCAGGACGCCAAGAACGGCUUUGGUUUCAAAGUGUCGCGUGGUACUGAGACGAUCUUUGACACAACCGGCCACCCGCUGAUCUUCGAGGACCAGUACAUUGAGGUGACAUCGAACCUGCCCAGCAACGCCAACAUCUACGGUAUCGGUGAGACCCCAGAGUGGUUCCGUCGCAGCACCACCAACAACACCAAGACCCUGUGGUCCCGUGGAGGAUCGUAUCUCCUUGGUGAGAACAUCUAUGGCUCGCAAACAAUUCACAUGGAGCUGCGCAAUGGCAAGUUCCACGGCGCCUACCUGCACAACUUCCACGGCAUGGAUAUUGUUCUCGACAACAACGCGAUCCAGUACCGUAUACUUGGCGGAACCGCCGAUUUCUACUUCCUCAACGGCCCCACCGCACUCGAUGUCAUCGACCAGUACACGGAUCUGGUUGGCCGUCCUGCCCGCAUUCCGUACUGGGCACUUGGUUUCCACAACUGCCGCUACGGAUACAAGGAUCUGGCCGAGAUUGAGGAGGUCGUGGCCAACUACUCCAAGGCCAACAUUCCGCUCGAGUCCCAGUGGGCGGAUGUCGACUACAAGGACAAGUUUGUCGAGUACACAUUCGACCCCAAGCUGUUCCCGCUCGAAGGAGUUCCAGCCAAGGACCAGAAGCUUGUGCUUAUCACACAGCCGGCUGUCCACCGCAAUUCGUCUCUAGGAACCUAUGCGCGUGGCAAGGCGCUUGAUGUCUUCUUUGUCAGCCAGGGCUGGCCCGGAUACACUCCGUUCCCGGACUGGUUCGCACCCAACACCAAUGAGUGGUACAGCGGCGAGAUUUCGCGCUUCCUGGACAAGAUCUCCGUGGACGCUUGCGGAUCGGGUAUCCCUGAGGAAGUGAUCCCGCCAUUCCCCUGGGAGGCUGGCGCGAUUCCCCCGCGCGAGCCCAAUGCCACCAACCUGCUGCAGGUGCCCCCAUACAAGAUCAACAACCGGGAGGUUGAGCUGUCAUCCUCGACUAUUGACACCACGGCUGUCCACUACAACGGCGCGACCGAGUACAGCACGCACAACCUCUACGGCUACAUGCACUCCAAGGCCGCAUACGGCGCUCUGCUGAAGAAGCGUCCCAACAAGCGUCCGAUCCUGCACAUCACCAUUGCCGCUAUGCUCGACCACGGCAUCUUUGGUAUCCCGAUGAUCGGCUCCGAUAUCUGCGGCUUCUCUGGCGAUACCACCGAGGAGCUGUGCGCACGCUGGGUCGAGGUCGGCGCAUUCUAUCCGUUUGCCCGCGACCACUACUUUGUCAGCUCUCUGCCGCACGAGCUGUACCGCUGGGAGUCCGUGGCCGAGGCCAGCCGCCGUGCCCUGGGCAUCCGCUACACUCUGCUGCCGUACAUCUAUACUGCGAACCAGUAUGCCGUCGAGAAGGGCUGGCCGAUUGCCCGUCCCCUUGUGUUUGAGUUCUCCAGCGCUUCGCAGACUGUCGGCAUUGACACGCAGUUCCUUAUUGGUGACGGCAUUCUGAUUUCGCCGGUGCUGACCCAGGGCGCAACCACCGUCGACGCCUUCUUCCCUGCCGGUGUCUGGUACGACUGGUACAACUACAAGGCCAUCUGGGCGUCCAACAAUGUUGUGAAGCUUGACGCUCCGCUCGAGCACGUCAACGUGCACAUUCGCGGCGGCAAGAUCAUCCCGGCCCAGGUUCCUGGCCUGACCACGACCGAGUCGCGCAAGGGUGACUUCUCGAUCAUUGUCGCUGCUGAUGUCGAGGGCUCGGCUGAGGGCAAGCUGUACUGGGACGAUGGCGAGACCCUGAGCACCGCGCACAGGUGGGUCAACUUUGCCUAUCACGACUACAACCUCGCCAUUAGCUCGACUAGCGGCAGCUACACAGUGCCGCCUCCCCUGACCAAGAUUGUCCUGCUGGGUGUCGGCGGUGUCACAUCUGUCAAGGUCAACGGUGUUGCAGUCGCAGCCAAGUUCACCACAAAGAACAACAGCACGGUCAUCGAAGGACUGAAGAUCAACCUCAGUGCCAGCACCAAGGUCACAUUUGUGUAG